AUGCGUGAACCAACACUACUUCAUCAGAUCGAAGAUAUUUACUACCCUGUUCUUGCUGUUCUUGGCAGUUUUGUUAACUCAGUGGCUAUUCUGAUCUUGUCACAACGGAAAUGUGGACUCUCCAGGUGUAUCACCCACUACUUGGUGGCCAUGGCAGUGGCAGAUCUACUGGUCAUUUUCACUGAUGUGAUACUGUUUACAGUUAUUCCAAUUCAUUUUCCAGGAACUUACCUGGAGACCACUCCUGCGCGCUCUAUCUUACAUGUCCUGCUUUAUGCAGCCACUGACGUUUCUGUCUGGUUCACUGUCUCCUUCACUUUUGAUAGACUUGUUGUAAUAUGUUGUCAGAAGAUGAAAACAAAAUAUUGCACAGAGAGAACUGCAGGUGUAGUUAUAAAAACAGUGAGUGUGCUGUUUUGUCUGAAAAACAUUCCUUGGUACUUUGUCUAUGAACCUGAAUACAUAAUUGACAAUGUGCCCUGGGGAGGCAUCCCAUCUCGGAGAUUUUACACUGAAACUAUGUGGAUUACAUUUCAUAGUCUCAGUAUUAUGUUAACUCCUUUCCUUCCAUUCAUUCUGAUUGUACUGCUCAAUGCUCUGACUGUCAGACACAUUUUAAUGACCAGCAGAAUCCGCAGGAAGCUACUGGAUCACAGCAAGAGUGAGAAUCACACUGACCAAGAAAUGGAGAGCCGCAGAAAAUCCAUCAUUUUACUCUUCACCAUAUCAGGUAGUUUUAUUCUAUUAUGGAUGACAAAUGUUGCAUUUUUCCUUUAUGGACAUAUUUCAAACACUUAUGAUUACACAGGUCCUCAUGAUCCUGCCUAUAUCACUGAACAAUCUGGCUACAUGCUGCAGCUUUUGAGUACCUGCACCAACACCUGUACUUAUGUAGUGACCCAGACUAAAUUCAGAGAGCAACUGAAGAAUGCAAUCAAAUAUCCAUUCACUGCAAUUGGUAAAUUACUCCAUCCAUUGAAGUAA